CCAAACACAGCUUAGGCCGUUACACAACCCGCGCUUGCUUCGUGUCGAAGAAAAGAAUUCGAGUCCCAUUGAUCGAAAAUUCGUGGUGUAUAAAUCGUCGUGUUGACAUUCGAAGGUUAUCUUGCACAGGAAGGAGCGAUAGAGGGAGGAGAUUCAUCUUCUUCAAUGGCGCAAUUACGCAAAUCGAGUACCCUGAAAUCGACGGCGGUGGUGGCGGCAGCCCUAGCUUUGGGGUGGUUAGCCAUUGAAAUCGCUUUCAAGCCGUGGCUCGACAAGGCUCGAACCGCCAUGGCCAAGUCUGACCCGAUGACCGAUCCCGACGACUGCGAGAAACCGGAUACGGCGCCGGUCGACUCGGAUGCGUCCAGUAACGAAGCCCCUUAAUCCCCAAAUUCCAAACCCUAGGGCUAGGGCUACGGUAUUCUUCUACCAAUCAUUCUCGUUUCUGUUUUUGACUUGUGAUAAGAGGUUGAUUUUGAUCAAUUUGCAUGUAUCAGUAUGAGCGCUGGAAUUGCAGAUUACAAUAAUUACCAGUAAACUUUUUUAUUUUUUAGUCACUUGAAGUGUCCAACUUCACCUAAUUAAUUUUCAGGCUUAAACUGGCCUUCUCUCUUGUUUGAUAAAUUUAAAUACAGACAUAGUCUAUAUAUACUCAAAUAAAACAUUUAGUGUAAUUUAUACGGGACUUAGCUUCCAACUUUAUUAUUUUCUUUCAACUAAAUAUUAUCUUUUAACAAUAAUUUUAUCUUUUA